UAACUAACGAUGGACACCGCGAUGAUCUCAUCAUCACACGCUAAACCCGAUUGAGAGUUUCUGUUACUUAACCGGGUCAAGGGGAAAUCCCAAAAGAGAAACACGGCUAUUCGGACCUGAAUAAGCAAUAAAUAGUCCGCGGAGAUACUCAACUGCGGAGGAGUUGGGGAAAGAAAAGCAAGGAGAUUCCGGCUUUGGGGGUGAAGAACUGCUGGUUCUCCGGUCUCUUCGUGAUGCGGUGAUGCGGUGAUGCGGUGAUGCUGGACACUCUGUGUACGGAGUCCACUGUACGUAUUCAAAACAACAGAGUGGCCGGAAAGCUCGACAGUGUUAACAGCUGGCAGAUUAAAUAACAACAAGAUGCCUGAGCUGCAUUCGCACUCUCCCUCAAAGUCCCGGGUAGACUGGUCCCGUUGGCAUUUCGAUAUCGACAAUUAUCUCAAUCGGUUUAUUCCUGCGCCUCCUUGGCGAUGGGUCCCCCGACCUAUCUCGCAUUUCUUCGGAUAUCGAGGUGACCAGUCGCCGCGGGCUAUCGGUAACCUGGUCAUCGCGUUCUGGGCAUUGAUCGGGGUGUUUUGUGGUGUGUCUGUGACCAUGUCGGUGUCGAUGAGAGUGCCGUCUUUUGAACAUCACAAUGCGCCACUGAUUAUUGCAAGUAUGGGAGCCGCGGCAGUAUUGCAAUUCGCCUUGAUCGAUUCGCCCUUUGCCCAGCCUCGCAACGCGAUUCUUGGACAAGUCAUCGCCUCUAUCAUCGGAGUCGGAAUCGCCAAGCUAUUCGCAUUGAAUCCUCACGCAGCAGCCUUGCCGGAACUCAGUGCACCUCUCGCCUGUGCUAUCGUAACGGCCGUCAUGAUACUCACCAAUACAUCGCAUCCCCCGGCUGGUGCCACAGCUGUAGUGGCAGUUACCGAAGGCGCUAGCAUGGGCUGGUGGUUGAUACCCGUGGUGACCUUGGAAUCGACACUCAUGGUGGCCGUAGCGUGUGUGAUCAAUAACAUUCAACGACGGUAUCCUGCGUACUGGUGGACUCCUGUGACAUUGUCACACAAACGGGAAGACGACGUCGAGAAGGCCAAGAAUGAAGAACCCGAGGUCAUCUCCAGCUCGAGUAGCGCGAAAGAGAGCUUAUCAGAGCAACCUAUACAGAUAGUGAUUCGACGGGACGAGGUGAUUAUGCCGGACAACAUUUGGAUCACGGCGGAGGAACGAGAAGUCCUGGAGACCAUCAGUCACCGGUUGAGAUAGUCGGGGGAAUAGCAUCUUUAUAUACCUCUUGUCUUAUCUCUCGCUCUGUGUUUACUAAAUGGCUUAUCUCCUAUGGAUGCACGUGACUUCGAUACCCAAUCAGGAAAGGCCGCCACGUCAAAGGCGGUGAGUUAUUUGGACCAAUGAAUAAGCAGUAUCUGCCCA